AGGCUCCAUCAGUACAGAUCCACCGCCACCACCACCACCAAGCACUCCAGUCCCGCAGCAGCAUGGCCGGCAGCGCGUCCCGCCUCGCCAUCCUCUUGGUGCUCCUGGCGGCGUCACCGCUGCUUGGCGCGACGCAGAAGGCCGCGCCAGGGCCGGCGUCGUCGUCGGGCUCGGGCGCGGGCGCGGCGGACGCGGCGCCGCCGACGGACGUGAACAAGGCGCUGAAGGACGAGCAGUUCAGCGAGUUCCGGCAGCUGCUGCACGACACGCGCGUGGACACGCAGAUCAACGCGCAGCUGACGGACAGCUACAACGGGCUGACCAUCAUGGCGCCCACCAACGCCGCCUUCGACAAGAUGAAGGCGGGCGUGCUGAACGGGCUGUCGCCGCAGGAGCAGAUCCAGAUGGUGCUCUACUGCGUGCUGCCCCGGUUCUACAGCCUGUCCAUGCUCGGCACCCUCAGCGGCAAGGUCAACACGCAGGGGUCCGGCCACGACGGGCCCUACAGGUACGACAUCAAGCGGUCGGGGAACAACGUCAACGUGUCCACGGGGGUGAACUGGAUGCUGCUGGGCAGCCCCGUCAGCAAGGACUUCCCGCUCGCCAUCUACCCCGUCGACAAGGUGCCGCUCCCCUACGAGCUGUUCGGGCCCAAGCCGCCCACGCCGGCGCCCGCGCCGGCACCCGCGCCCGGGCCGGCCAAGGCCAAGACCAAGAAGAAGAAGAAGUCCGCCGCCAUCGCCGAGCCGCCCACGGCCGACGACGACGACACCGGCUCCACCUCCGACGACCAGAAGGCUGCCGCCGCGCCGCCACGCGCCAGCAGGGCGGCCGCCGCGCUCUCCGUGCUCGGCGCCGCUGUUCUCGUCGGCGGCCUCUUCUGAUGGGAAGAGGAUCGGAUCGGAGGAGGAUAGAAUGAAUGCACCGUCAUUCAGACCAAGAUCACACGGCGUGUGUGCGUUUGGCCAUCGGCUUUAUUCUUUCUUCUCUCUUCUCUUGGGGGAUUUUCUCUCUCUCUCUCUCUCUCGGUGAUUUGUAUUUGUAACUUAAUGUGAUAUACAUUAGCAGUGGUUGUUCUUCUUUCAUUU